CUAUUGACAGUGGGGCGCGUGGUGCCGCGACGUUAGUAUGCUCUCUGAUCCCGCGGAGUGCGCACGUAGCCGCAACUUCACGCUUUAUUAUGCCACGAUCGCCCCGCAGUACUAACUGAGCUGCGGUCGGGACCCGUUAAAAUUAUGACUUUUGGACCGAUCGCCGGCGAAGAAGAUAGCAGCAGACACCUCGUUCUAGAAGAGAAAGCUUUAAGAAUAGUGUCCAGGUACUGGGAAGUCUCCGGUGCAUCAGCCGCCGAAAGGCUCCGGUACGCGAACAAACUGCUGAGAGAACCAUUCGGACUGCUAUAAAACUUUAAAUUUUUUUGAACACAAACAAUUAGUGAUUUUUUUGAGUGCAAUACGUGAACUGUGUUUUUGUGUUUUGUUUUUUAUUUUUUUGGGGUUUUGUAUUUUUGGAUAUAAAUGAAGAUGGUGCCCCAACAAAUAUCGGAUGUGAGAUCGCUGUCGCCGACAUCGAGCGGAGUGCCGGUGUUUGGUUCACAGCUGGUGGACAAAAAUUCGUCCACACCAUACACGGAUGCUACACAGACUAAGAAGAACAAUCCAAACCACAUCAAGAGGCCAAUGAACGCGUUUAUGGUGUGGUCGCAGAUCGAGCGCAGGAAAAUAUGCGAGCAGACGCCUGACAUGCACAACGCGGAAAUCUCAAAGAACUUGGGCCGCGUGUGGAAGACCCUCAACGAUGAGGAGCGCCAGCCCUUCAUCGACGAGGCAGAGAGGCUCAGGCAGCUACACAUGCGCGAGUACCCCGACUACAAGUACAGGCCUCGCAAGAAGACCGCGAAGCCUGCCACCAGGACGGGCGCGGUCACGAAACAAAAACGCAAGCAGAAGGCGGACUCGAAUAACAACAGGGGCAUGUCGAGACGGCGAGCGCGGCCUGCGCCAACCGUCCCCAGCGUCCCGGUGGAGACACCAGCUCCUCCACCCUUGCCAGCAUCCCCUGCCGGCUCUCCCGACUCCCCUGAAUCCGCGUGUCUCUACGAAGACAGCACGCGUCGUGACCAAUCGGAUUUGACGGAUCUCUACUCCAUCACCGACCUGCUCCCUCUGCCGGCGGACUGCGAGGUGGACCUCGACGCCCUGACGACCGACAUGGAGUCCUUCGAGACCGCGUCCUCCUCCUCCGGCUCCCACUUCGAGUUCUCUUGCACGCCCGACGUGUCGGACAUGCUCAGCGAGAUCGGCGUCCACGGAGACUGGGUGGACAACACCUUCUCCUCGUACCUAACGUCGUCUUAGAGCGGUGUUCGGGUCGCCACGGCCGCUGCCGGCCUGUUCCACUGAUCUCAUACGGUCGGCCGAGAGCCGCCACCUGGAGGCCACGCCACGCGGCGCCCGUCCGCCGCCCCGCCUAGAGAGUGCCUACAUCCAAAAUGAUGUGUCGACAUUUGGAUUCAAUGUACAAAGUUAUUUAAUAAGGGUCGAGGGAGAUAAUUAUGUUUAUUGUCCGGCCGCGAGGCCGAUUCUCCUUCAGUUCAGGUUCUUAAUUUUAGUUUUAAUAGGCGACACGCUUCAACGUUUGGAAGUGCAUCAGUUUCAAAGUAAAGGCUGUGAGUCGGUUCUUUUGUGGUGUUGCUUUAAUUGAAAAUUACUUUUUUGUAAAUUGUGGGUGUUAUCCAAACGGCACGUCUCUGACAGUAAAUAAAUCCGUCUACACUCCGUCGCCUGUUUAAUAAGUCACGGGUCAGUUAGGGAUCGGCGUUGGAUUGUUCGUCUUCGAUUUCACUCGAUCAGACAUGUAUAUAAUAAAAUCGAGGAUCUUGAAUGCCAAAUGAAGGUGAAGUUGUGUUGGGGUCUCUGUCGCUCGCCGCACCGCGUCGCGUCCGUUUCGUAUUAUUGACUUGGCUUCUAGUACGUUACAAAUAGUAAGUUUGCAAUUUCUUUGACACACCAUUUAUGUUUUGAUUCGUACUUUUAAGCGUGACCAUUUACUUUUGGACUAUUAGAUGAAAUAUGUAUUCGUAAUAGAAAAAUAAGACUAGGUUAUAGUCAUCUUGCGUUGUCUACGUAAGUUCACAUAUACUUUGAUGCACACGUAGUUGAUAGUCGACGAUUUACUUUUACUAUUUGAAGCAACUCGGUUUGCCAUGGAUAAAUUUCGGAGCGGAUUUUUCGAGAAGGUAUUCGAUGUUUGAUGGGUUGAAGAGAAUCCUUACCAUGUUUGAAUUGGAAUUGAACGAGUACGCAUAAUCUUGCCCUUCUAUCUUCCGUCUUGAUGUAUGCGCCUCUUGUUCAUGUUAUUAUGCAUAUAAAUGUCAUAGUAGGGAUACAUAUUCAGUGUUGGAUGUCUUGCUAUAAUGUAUGUUAGGAUGAUAAAGUAAGGAUAACUGUGGUAAGGUACGGACUUAUAUGUAAAAUAUGAUGGCACCUAUGGAUCAUGCAAAGGGACACUUCAAUACUAUUUUAUUUUUCUUAACGCUAAAUUUUCAAUACAAUGUUCUAUAGAAACAUACAUAUCAAUAUGGGAAUGUGUUGUACUGUGGGACGGUGGAAAAAUAUGGAUCGGCAAACAAACGUUAGUUUUCACUAUUUCUUUGCUAUUUCAAACACUGUGAUUUACUUUACGGAUUUUCUAAAUUAUAAGAUUCUAGUGGAGACUGAUAACGCAUAGAUUAGUUUUAGCAGCGCUAGCUUCUGUAACUUUUUUAAUUUGUAAAACUGGGCAUAAUUACAUUAUUGUGAAAUCAAUAAGGACCUAUUUUUGAUACUUUGCGCUGCUGUGAAAAGCGGGUUUCGAUCUUUAAUAAUAAUUGUAAAAAUAUUUUAAAAUUAACUGAAUAUCAUGGAAAAGUAAAUAAUUAAUAUUGCAAGCUUAUGCUAUCGGAAUUAAAUAUAAACUUCUUGUCGUAAUAAGAAAUCUGUCCAUUUCAAAUUUUGCUUUUCACAGUAGCACAUAAGAUAAAUUGUAAAAAUGCUAAUAUUCUGUCAAUUUACCGAAAUUGGUGUCAGUUAUGGAGUAAAGUUCACCUGAACGUUGCUUCUUUCAUUUAUAAGAUAGAUACCUUCUACUAAAUAUACUAUUUCAGAUUGUGAAAUCAAUAUUUGUAGAUAUCAUGUGUCCCUAAUAUUAUUAAAAUUAAUCUAAGGGAUCCGUUGUGCUCUAUUUGAUAAGAAAGAAAAUGCUUUACCUAUAUUAUUAUAUUCUUAUAAAUAUAUAUGUAAAAAACAAGUUCAUGUAUUACUUAGUAAGUGUCUAUGGAAACCCAACUAUUGUGAAAAAAAAAACAAAAAUUACAUGUUAAUAUCUAUAUUAUUGCAAAUCUGUAAGUUACACUGUCUCGUGUGUUGUAGAAUAUUAUGAUAAUAUACUUAUAUGUAACGAUGUGAAGAAAUGAAAUAAAUUUGUGCCUAAUAAUCUAUUUGGGAUUCUUCAUAAUACAUUAUACUUAUAUUUUAGUAAUGCUCAAGGUAUUUUUAAGCAUGUAGUCGUUAUUAGAUGCUGUUGCUUAGAAGAAAAAAAAUACGAAAGUAAAAAUAAAACAUAGUUUAUUUUCUUAAAGCCAGUAACUGCAUUUGCCAUUGAUUUAACUUUGCUAGCUUACAGUAUGAUAAAGGUUCCAUUUAAUGUCGUCAUACAAAUACAUUUCAUUGGAUCGUAUCCUAUGCCUAUGUAAAAUAUCCCUCCAUAAGUUAAAACUUUGACAAUAAAUGUCACUUUUUGCGUUUUGUGUGUUCUAAGCGUUCUUACGAAGUUUUGUACCGCAUUUCAUUUGAAUGUAUUUCGGAAACUGCUUGCGUUCAAACUAUUACUCUUUUCUGUUUACUUCAGUAGUGUUCUCUUGUUAAAUAUAGAUUUGAUCCAACGACUAAAAGCAAUAUGGUAACAGCGAAGCUCAAAUUAGUAUAAAACAUCUCUGAUAAUAAUCUCGUGACAGUUUUCAGUUGUUCUUCUUCGACAUCUUUUGUGCUAGCUCAUAAAAUUUCGUCCCAAUCUGGUUUGAGAUUUUAUGGUUCACCGUCACAGAUUUUAUUACUAGAGAUUUCAAUAACCCCAAAAGUAUUUAUAUUGAACGCAACAUCGAAUUUAUAACGUUGUAAUAUAGCGCUUCUUGUUGUAUUUCAAUAUUUGGAAUUAUCAGGGUUAAAUGUUUUCUUUUGUAAUUAGAGUGUAAUGAACACUGGUAUUUACUCUGAUUGCCUUCAAACCUUCAUCUUGUAACUGAUCCUUUGCAAUCACAAUAUUUUCUUCCUCGUAGCUGUAAACUUCAUCCGUGAAGUUAAGAUUAAAUUUAACGAUAUGUAUGUAAGUAAUAAAACUGUUUAUAAUAAUGGAGUCAAAAUAAAGCGAUACUGUGAGAAAAAAUUAGAAGUUAUAUAUAAUAAACGUCUCAACGGAAUAAAUUAUCAUAGAGGACGUAGUUAGUUGUUGUAGGAUAUAUAAUUAAUUAUAUGUAAAAAUAACAAUUGUUGUAUUUGUUCAUUGAUCGCGUGGAAGCUUGUCAACUCGCUUGCCAUCCAGUAGAUUUACAUUUUCUGUGAAAACAUCAGACAAAAUAUAACCAUAUAGAUGUGUAAUGUAUACAUAUACGAUUGUAAAUGUAAGUAUGUAAGCGAUUCAAUACGAUACAUUAGUGAUUUAUUCACAGAACUGAAAAGUUAAAAUAUUCUCGUUAUGUUGUGAAAAUUGAACGUAAUUUUAUCUAUAUGUAUAUAUCUAUCUCUAUUGUUGAUUUAAUUGGUAAGCGACUUCUUCUAUGUGUUUUGUUUCUUCUGUACUUUGAGACACAACGAAACUUUCUUUCUCUCUCUUUCCCAGCACAUAAAUGUAUUAAGUAAUUAAUAUGUAAUUGGUGUCUAUAAGAAGUUAAGAUGGUAAAACAGUAUACCUUUGAAUACCCCAUUAUUGUAUGUCAACAUGGAAUUGUAGUGGAUUCAUUUAACGUAACCUUAUAUGUUGUUGACGUAGUGUCAUUAAUGAUAAUCGGUAUUAAGGAAGUUAAUGUUAACGAUAAAACAAAGAAAUCGCACAAUCUGAGUCAAGGAACUAAUGUAGGCAUAACAAUUAUAGUUAUUAUACAAUUAUUAUUCGUAAGCGAUGAGUUAGGUGUGAUAGGAGUUAAAAUUACAUUUUGAUUUUAAAAUUUUACUACUUUUUUACUUAAAUCAUUGCAGAGAAACCUCUUUUUUAAUUAAACACAUUCUAGCUAUUCUAUGCUUUUCAAAAUAUCUACAACCAGUAUCACCACUUGAUUUGAAACCAUCAGAAUUCGUAAUGAAGUUGUUAAUGUUUGAAGUUUGACGUUGUCCCAUUUUUUACUGUAAAUAAUAUGUUGAUCAAUUUCUUAGGAACAAAAAUAUAAGGAUGGUCCAUUUAUAGAUGUAAAUGUAAGAUAAUGUUAGUGCAGCAUAUUACCUUGAUAAUGCAUUGUAUUUCUUCAUCUGAAAUGCCAAACUUUUCUUAUAGAGCUGGAGCUUGGUUUAUCAAGUUUGACUGAGACGAUUCGCGCUUUCCCGGGUUCAUUUGUCAUUGUAAAUAUCUUGUUAACCCAUGAGGCCACGUUGGAGAUCAGUUCUUCUGGGCGUUUCGAACCUAUUCUAGUCUUGGAAGGUUACACUUUGGGAUUAUCAACUGUACUCCUCAUAGCUUCAACAGCUUCAUCACUCAGCGUUAGCAAUUUGGUGGCCUUUGCAUCAUCGAUACCUAUUUUUUUAGUUUUUUUUAUUCAAUUUAUACCAAAAAAAUUAUGAUGCUUUUAUAAACUGUUACCGAUGGAUCUCUUAUUAGUAGCACUUACAGUUAUAACGAGAAUUCGGCUAACCAAAUAUUGAAGACGUUCGUUUUUAACACUUAUUGGAUCAAAAGCGUUGUAAAUAUUAGAUCGGGCUUGUUUUAAGUGAACAAGAAACACAAUCCUCCCAAACGAAUCAAAAUUGUCACCCGAACGGGUUUAUUUUAUUAAAAUCUUUUUUCUGGUAAUAGUUUAAGAUUUUUUAAUUUUUAUCGAUAAGUUUUCGUAUAACGAGGAGCGUGUAGUUCGAAAGCUAAUGAUUUUCCGUCAUACGUUGUAUAAAUUAUUGAUAUUAUGUAUUUUUAAGAUACUUACUCUUAACUGCAUAUAAUGUACGUAGACAUUUAAAUUGUUAAGUAUGAAAUAAUAAUAUUGUAGCUACCUGUCGGUUUAAGGAGAACGUGUACAUUUUGUAACGUAAUUUGUUCA